AUGAAGUCGGAUCCAAGCAAAAGAAAUCCAGAACAUUUCUAUGAAUUUCACAAAGGACAUGGUCAUAAGACUGAGGAUUUUCAUGCAUUGCGAUUAGCAGUUGCCAAUCUCCUAGAGCAAGGACAUUUGACAGCAUUGCUUUCGGAGAAAGGCAAACAAGUAUAUUAUAGCAAUAGAGAGCAAGGAGCGCCGCCGCCACUUCCCGAGCCAAAGCGAGUGGUUAAUUUUAUUACUGGUGGUACAAAUAUCAAUAUUACAGGAGGGCUAGACGUCAACAAAGUUACUUAUACUUCAGGCGUGAAGUUCAAAAGGAUAACAACCAGAAGUGAAAAGCGAGAUAGGCUGGCUCUUGUCGAAGAUUGUAUCACCUUCGACGAAGUCGACGCCGAUAAUAUGCAAUUCCCGCAUAAUGAUGGGUUAGUAAUUACUUUUCGCAUCUUAGAUAUUGAUAUUAAACGUGUUUUUGUUGAUCAGGGAAGUGCUGCCAACAUCAUAAACAUCCGGGUUAUAGAGGAGAUGAAAUUGACGAGCAAAAUAAUCCACCAAUCCGUCAUGCUCACUGGCUUUAAUAAUUCAACAGAAACAACUCUGGGGGAAAUCAUUUUACCAGUAGUAACGGGCGGAGUAGAGUUACAAACUGCUUUUUUCAAUUAUGUCAUCUGCAAUGGCUUACAACAUGAUAGUUGGACGUCCUUGGAUUCACGCCAUGAAAGCAGUACCAUCUACAAAUCACCAGGUGGUCAAAUUCCCAACACAAUGGGGUGUAGGUGA